AUUUCGCAAGUGUUCGCGAGGUCUUUCACGUCCUCGUUUGGCAAUGGACUGAUGAAAAAGAUUGUGAGCUACCAUGUCCUCAUUAGGCGUGUUGCUUGCGACCAUAGGAAUGACAAUAAUGAUGUCUCGCAAAAUGAGACCAAACUUGCAAUGGAUAACCUCACGGCUGUUUUAUACGGCAUCGAUGACAUGCGCUUGGAGCAACGCCCAAUACCCGAUAUUUCCCCAGAAGAAGUUUUGAUCGCAAUGGAUAGCGUCGGGAUUUGUGGAUCAGAUGUUCAUUAUUUGACUAAAGGUCGCAUCGGCCACUUUGUGGUGACCAAGCCCAUGGUAAUUGGCCACGAAAGCGCAGGUGUGGUUGCCAAGGUGGGCAGCAAAGUUAAGAAUCUGGCUGUAGGAGAUCGAGUUGCCAUUGAGCCGGGAGUUCCUUGCUACAAAUGCGAUCAUUGCAAGCAAGGCAGCUACAAUCUGUGUCCCGAUAUGGUAUUCUGUGCCACACCCCCUUACGAUGGUAACCUGACCCGAUACUAUAAGCACGCAGCGGACUUUUGCUUUAAGUUGCCUGAUCAUGUCACCAUGGAGGAGGGUGCGUUACUAGAACCUCUAUCCGUGGGAGUKCAUGCCUGCAAACGUGCAGGCGUCAGCUUGGGAUCGAGGGUGCUGAUUCUAGGUGCAGGUCCUAUUGGAUUGGUUACACUGCUGGGCAUGGGACCGCCUGAAAUGAAGCUGCCCCUGUUCAAUGCCUUGGCUCGAGAGGUAGACAUUCGCGGUGUCUUCCGUUACUGCAAUGACUAUGCCGCUGCUUUGGCCCUGGUGGCCUCUGGAAGAGUGAAUGUAAAGCGACUUGUCACCCACCACUUUGAUAUUAAGGAGACACAAAAGGCAUUCGAAACAGCUCGUAGUGGCACGGGCGGUGCCRUCAAAGUUAUGAUACAUGUUCAACCUAGGAAUGCCAACAAUCCUGUAAAAUUUUAGAUUGUAGUAAGCUCU